AUGUACCUCAGUGCUGCAAAUCACCGCAUACCUCUAAGCGAUGGAAACAGCAUUCCCAUCAUUGGACUUGGGACUUUCUCAGAACCAGCAUUGACCAAAAAGGGGGACUGUGCAGCAUCAGUGAAGAUUGCCAUCGACAUAGGGUAUCGGCACUUUGAUGGGGCCCACCUCUACCAAAAUGAGAAUGAAGUGGGAGACGCCAUCAGUGAGAAGAUAGCAGAAGGGAAGGUGAAGAGGGAGGAUAUUUUCUACUGUGGAAAGCUGUGGGCUACAAAUCAUGUCCCAGAGAUGGUCCGCCCAGCCCUGGAGAGGACACUCAAGUCCCUGAAACUGGAUUAUGUGGAUCUUUACAUCAUUGAAGUACCCAUGGCCUUUAAGCCUGGAAAUGAAGUGUAUCCUAAAGAUGAGAAUGGCAAGUGGUUGUAUCAUAAAUCAGAUCUGUGUGCCACUUGGGAGGCCUUGGAAGCUUGCAAAGAUGCAGGCUUGGUGAAAUCCCUUGGAGUCUCCAAUUUUAACCGCAGGCAGCUGGAACUCAUCCUGAACAAACCAGGACUCAAAUACAAGCCAGUCAGCAACCAGGUCGAGUGCCACCCCUACUUCACUCAGCCAAAACUCUUGAAAUUCUGUCGACAACAUGACAUUGUUGUUGUUGCCUACAGCCCUUUGGGGACCUCUAGGAAUCCACUCUGGGUGAAUAUAUCUUCUCCACCUUUAUUAAAUGAUGCACUUCUAAACUCACUGGGGAAAAAGUAUCGCAAGACAGCAGCUCAAGUUGCUUUGCGUUUCAACAUCCAGCGAGGGGUGGUGGUCAUUCCUAAAAGUUUUAAGCCUGAAAGGAUCACAGAAAACUUUCAGAUCUUUGACUUUUCUCUCACUGAAGAAGAAAUGAAGAGCAUUGAAGCCUUGAAUACAAAUAUCCGCUUCGUGGAAAUGCUCAUGUGGUGUGAUCACCCUGAGUACCCCUUUCAUGACGAAUACUGA